CUUGCGCUCUCGCAACCUCUAUUUUUCAACCUGCACGAUUACUUAAAGUUUGAAUAUGUCAACACCAUCCUUGCAACGGCAGUGAUGCAGGAGCAAGAACAGAUCCGCGGCCCACGUCAAAUCCUCCAGAAACUUAGAUCUUUCGGGAUGGCAUUCUAUGAAGACAAGCAGGCUGACACGCGUGGAUUGCGCUACCUCAUUGCAUUCUGUCAACUUAAAUCGGUCAAGCAACUCAACUUCUCGACGUCAAUCAGCAGCUUAGAGAGGAUUGCAUUCCCUUAUUUACCAAUAGGCGAUUACUCCUCUCCUCAAUGGGUCUACAGAUUCAUACGUUGUUUCCCAUAUCUCCACUCUUUAUCGUACGUCCACCACCCAGCCGUAAUGCCGUCCCGUAGACUGGAGCUUUUGGUUCGCGCGGCUGCUCAUCUCAAGAGCCACUUGAGGGAGCUUCACCUACCGCCAAGUGUGUGUUGUUUUUGUCCAUAUGGACAUAUGAGGAAAAUCGAGUCACUGGCACAUUUUGAGCAACUCAAAAUCAUCAACGUGACAGCUUUCGACCUAUGGGUACUUCUACCUCCUCGAGAGCUCGCCUCCGUGCUUCAGCCCAAUAGCAGCGUCGUUGUGCCCCUUGUUCGCCUUCUUCCGUGCUCCCUUGAAGAGCUAAUCCUACAAGAAGGCAACACAAACACCAUUCUUCAUGUAUGGGGUUUAUUGGAGGACUUGAAAGCAGAGCACUCCAGAGUACCACUUCUGAAAUACAUCCGAAUUAUCAAAAGUCAGCACCUCAUAAUAAGGGAACAUUGGAAGACAAUAUCUUAUCUCAAAGACCUAGCAUUGAAGCACAACAUCAUCCUCACGGUGGAAACUCGUCGGGAGGCUGGGUUACCUCCGUUGCCAAAAUGGUUGCCAGAAUAUGAUUGUCGAGACGAAUAUCACCUUCAACAAGUCAAUACAAUACUCCAAGAGUAUCUGGACCAAAGGUAAAUGUCUGGCUUGGUGUGUUGUGAGGUCAUCGUCGUGGCGGAGGGACUUUGAGAUCGACCAACGGCUUGUAAAGUCUCAAAUAGACGUAAUGAAUAUCAUCGUAUCAUCAAUUAGUUUGGACACUGAAUCGUGCCGAGAAGAUUGCCUAGAGUAAGUGCUAGUUACGAGAUUGACGCUCUUGGUGAUACUAAAUCAAACCACUUUCACACAGGCUUACUUAAGCGCAACUCUACCAAUGUCGUUAGUCAAGUAAAACCAAUUCGAA